AUGGCGAAGUGUACAUUCAGUGGUGGCAGCUUUGUUCAUUUCGUUAUUAGUCCGUGUGUGUCCCUGAUAGUCAGCUGCGAUGCAGAAGAAGCGUGUUCAGAGUUAAACCUCCGGUUCUGUGAGCUUCUUAGACCGUUUAGUCAACUGACUAAGGAUGUCACACUAAGAGACAGUAACAACUUACUGCAUACGGUUUCUAACCUACGCGUCAAUUUCAUUGAUGCAGCUUCACCUCCCGCCCCUCCGAAUAUUGCUAGAUCUCAUCUCAAAGAAAUUGUCAGUGCUUGUUCUUUGGAUUCAUCGAUGCAGCUAACAUCAUUCACAAAUGGGCGGUUGUCAUUAUGUGUCCCAGCAACAACACCUUGGUUUGAAGCAUGGCGCUACGUCUUCAUUAAAAGCCUUCAACCAAGUACACAUGAAUUUCUCGGACAUUGCUUGGCCUGCAUUUUUGUCGUCUCCACUCGAAACGGGGAUCCUCUGGGGACGUUUUCACUUCUGACUCAGCAGCAACAACAACAGCAGAAGCAACAGGGAGACUCAACUUACCCCCGUUGGUUCAACAACUGUAUUGCGAAAUUCUACGUACUACUACACGAUGCGUCAACAACUCCGCAGGCUAGCGCGGACGAAUGUUUUGCCCAGAUGGAAAGGACAUUUGGUGCGGCCAAUUGCUACUUGCUCACGCUAUUCAUCGGUGGGUCCAAACUUGACCGUGAUGUGCCCGCGAAACCUUUGUCCAAUGGAUCAGUCAUUUCAGAUAACGGCACGCCCACCCCAAUGUCAUUAACAGACACACAAACUGAUCCCUGGAUGAGUCAUCUGCUUCCCCAUGGUUACCGAAUACCCGCUGUUGUAGAGCCGAAUCGUACGAACCCACCCAACUCGGUCCCUGGCAAUUCUGCGGACGCUUGGGAUCCUCUCAGUGGUGCUAAUGAUUCAACUCGUAUGGGACCAGAUCAGGUAGACCGAUUUGGUGGGGACUCAUGCGGUCGUGAAAAUGACAGCAAAUCCUUUGUCUCUCCGCGCUAUUGCCAACCACACGGUCAGAAUUUAUCCCAAAUCGAUCGGGAACGCAUCCGUUCUUUUGUGUACGAUUUCGUUGUCCGGUGUUUGGUUCCCUGGGUCGAGCAGACAAUGCGUGGUCUAAACGAGCAGAUCGCACAUCGGAUGCGUUUAUCGCGUUCAUUCCUGAGUGCUACCAAAAAGUUCUUCAGUGGAGCGGUCAGCGGGAAUUCCACUGCUUCUAGCAGUACAUCCAACAGCAUUGCAUCGCAACUCAACUCUGCGGGUAUCUCACAAUCGACUCAUUUUAUCACUUCCACGAGCACGCCAAGCCUGAUUGGAAUGAUCGGUAGCGGAGGCAACUUGCCUCCAAUGAGCAGUGACACCGUAAUGGCUCGCAAUUCCACUCUCGUAACCUCCAGGGAAGACGUUCGUACCCCUCCACCACCUCCGAUGGUUGUGGUCUACACACCAGAUGCUCCCGAAAUGCAAAUGCGCCGAUUAGCGGACUUGGCCUUCCUGUUUCAACAGUACGAAAUGGCCCAUCAGACAUACAACGUACUCAAGCGAGAUUUUCAAAAUGACUCCGCAUGGCUCUAUUACGCUGGUGCUCAGGAAAUGUCGGCGCUGGCGAUCUACAUGCAAGGAACAACAAGCCAACGCCAGUAUCCCUUUCACUAUGUGGACUCUGCUGUUACAAUUUAUCUCCAGUCUUGUCAGGCUGCUGAAUUGGCUCUUCGCGCCACCCUGUUGAAUGCCGAAGCCCUUUGCAGUCGCGGGUUGUAUGCGGAAUGUGCGAUGAGCUUAUUUCGUCUCACGUCUGAGGAUGAUGAUCUUACCAGUGGCCUCAUGAUAGAACAAGCUGCCCAUUGUGUCCUACAUCUUCGGCGUCCGUUACUGCGCAAAUUCGCCUUCCGCAUGGCUCUGGCCGCUCAUCGAUACAAUCGUGCCAAGCAGGCUCAUUUAGCAAUUCGGAGCUAUCGACUGGCGGCUCCUUUGCUUGCUGGACGCUGCUGGAGCUUGGCUGAGGAUCAUAUCAACUACAACAUUGGCAAGCAGGCCUAUCUAAUUGGUGAUUUGGCCACCUCAGCAGCUUCCUUGCGGAAAAGCCUGGUACGGAACAGCAAGCAGUCGGUCGAGAGGCAAGCUUUAUUUGUGCGGGAAUAUUUGGUUGUUCUGAAAAAACACUUGUCAAUUGCCGCCACAGACCGUACCAAUCGAACCAUGCCAGAAUUCCCUCUUCCAACUGUCCGUCUAAAAGAUGUGAAAACUAUGGUCGGUAAACCCACGCGUCUAUCCAAAGAACUACCGAUCGAGGCUCGUGGUGUUCAGUUCACCGAUGAUGACGAGGACUUUAUUUCGCCCUCAAGUUUAUCCAAGGAAGAUCUACACGAAGGUUCGAGUCGAGUUGGUUUUAAAUUUCCUUGGUGGAUGGAGGGUACAGAUAUGAGCGACUCCGAGUCAGACAGCGAUCAGGAUGGGAAGACAGAGCAACGAGAGGAACCAGAAAACCUUUUCAAUCCGUUUGAUCGACCUCCGGUUGAAUGCCAGCCGGUGCGUGAUAGCAUUGUGCUGACCAAUUCACGGGUUGCUCGCCGACUGGAAUUGCUGCUCCAACGUUCCACUCUCAUCGCUACUGGCAAGAACACUUCGGAACGGGAAAAUCACGCGGCGGCUAGGAAACUCUCAGCUAUCUCCAACCCAUUCACCAUGUUGCAUACACGGAGAUCAGUGCGACACCAGAAACCGUUAGUGCCUGCCGGAGAGUCCAUUACUUGUCAAAUUCCUCUCACAAACCCGAUGCAAAUCACACUGGUCUUUUCCAGUUUGCAUUUACUCUGGUCCUUCCACCCGAAUGCCAAUUGUCCCGAUAAUGCGAAUAUCAGGCCAGUCUCGAAUGAGACCCUUCCGGAUGAGUCUGCAACACAUCGGUCAAGGCAGUGCAUGUCGACGGAGAUAGUCUCGGAAUUUAUAAUGCUACCGGAAGAAAGCAAAACGCUUGAGAUCGGUCUCCUUACCAAAGAAACGGGCCACUUACAGAUUACCGGAUUGAGUUUUGACUGGACCUAUUCACACGGUCAGAAACAGUCACAGGACAAACCUAUUGUCACGUUCACUGCGGGCGACCCGUCAGAAGAUCGUCCCAUCGAAGGCAGGGCUGUCACAAACGGCACUGAUGCCUCUGUCACCCAACGCGCUUCUUCUGACCAGUCCUUCGAGCGAACUUGUGUCCGCGGUAAAGUUUUGUUGUUGGAACCGAGUAAAGGUACGAUCGCCGCUCACGUCAACCCAAAGUCCCUAUCAUCUCCUCUCACAUGGGAUGUGAUUGACCCUGCCCCCUUGCUAAAAGUGUCUUUUAGUGACCUUCCAGAGAAACUGCUUCAAGGCCAACUAUUCCAUCUGGACCUGUUCCUCGCUAAUGUCAGCUCGCAACCCCUUACCACACUGCGGCUAGCCUCCAACUGGCCUGGAUUUGUCACCUGUGGAUCGGGUGACACCUUAGGGAGGGAUCCUGAUCAACCUCCAGAUUCAGCCACCUCACCUGUUUCAUGUGUUCACCCAGUUGUCAACCCUUGGUUGGACGUGUCUUUCCCUGAGACUGGAGCUGACUCGGAACAUCAAUCCAUGCCUGCCCGAUCGUCUUACUCUCUACCCAUGUGGAUUCGAGCUCCCCAUAUCACAAAUCCUCAUCGCCGCCAUCACAAGCGCCAUCGUCAUGCUCCUGCCACAUCACACCAGAUUACUUCUGCGGUGAAUUAUUCCACCGUAGUUCAGACACGAACCGUUCACUUGGUCUUUCACUACUCACCCACCAACCCAAACCCGACCUAUCACGGUAUCAACUCCCGGUUUGUCGGCCAUUUCUUCGAAAUCGAGGUUCAGCCAUCAUUGCGAUUCGAGGCUCUGGCAACAUCUAGCUCUGUGUCCGAUGUGCGCAACCUUUUGUUGAGUUUAACUGUGGAGAACAUGACGUCCAAAACGACCAGAACCACGUUCGAGAUCGCUCAGGUGUGUUGUGCAAGUGGACACUGGACCAUUUCACCCGUCACGUCCUGUGAUUCAGAACCUCCAUGUGUCAAACCUGCCGAUACGAUUAGGUUGUUUUUUCAAUUAACACCGCAACCACUCGAAAAUUUGAGCUGCUCUACAACUGACAAGUCUUCAGGUCCCGAGCGGACAUCCUCAUCGUCACCGCGGUCGACCACCACUCUACUUUCCACCGUCGAUUUCGUAUCCAUAGUCGAAUCGCAUUCCAUCCGUGCAACCAAAUCCCCCUGUAUAGAUUUCUUCUUCCGCUCUGGCACGAACUGGAACUGCCCAGUCCGGUUAUCCAAAUGGGCAUCCCGGGAACGCGGACCUUCUUGGGCUUCGAAAAAGGAACGCAUUGACGUCGCGCUAAUUGUUAUUUGGAGAGUCAAACAGCCUUCUGCAAACAGUUGUGAUACGUUUAUCUACGGACAGAGUCAUAUCGCUGUUACUCGACUUGGUGUACCCUCUGUGAUACCAUCUGACACGCAGUCAAUCUGCAAGCCAAAAUCGGAAGUCUCGCACACCUUAUCUUCUCCGCAGUCCUUCCCAUCCUCCACGCCACACCUGUCGCGCUUGGUUAGGCUUCGUUUGCACCAUUCAACUCGAGUAUCGCACCAGUUUCCUACCAAACCAGUCACUACGGCAGAUGUGCCCAUUGUCUACCGUUCCCCCAUCGCCCUCAGUUCGAAUCCAUUUGGCCCCACUCCAGAAACCAGAUGCCUUUCAGGCAAGCGCUUGGCAGACAUACCUGUCGUGGCAGAACUCUGUAACUGCUCCACGCUUCCCGUCAGCAUCUCCUUGGAACCGUGGGAUGGUGACCGAAGAUAUGAUGGCCGUGGUCAAUUGUCAGAAGUGUCCGAGGAAGGCGAGUUUCAGCUUCCUUCGUUUCUCCGCCGGCACACGGAUGUUUCCUCCAUUCCUUGUGUGCAAUGGAGCGGUUUGACUUUGCAGCGUCUGACUCUAUCCUCAGGAGAAUCGCGUUCGCUGCACCUCCAGGCGCGUGUCCCUCGCCCAGGUAUAUAUUAUCUCGGUAAUCUCAGCCUUAAAGCUGCUCAACGGUCUGACCAAUCCGAGGAACCAGCAGAAUUCGUUCCCCAAAACACUAUUUCCCCGUCGUUUGUGAUUGUCGAUUCGGCGACUACGUUUGCCUCUCCCAACGAGCAAGCCUAGCGGAAGGUAAGAGACCUCCACUCCGGCCUCUGCUGUUCAUAUACUACCACAUCGAACCAGAUUUCUGCUGAGAACUUUGUUUUUUACCCUCCCCCCUCCGUCUCAGUAAAAUGUGACUGAUACCGACAAUACUGGACACCGAAAUUUUCACGACCCUUUCUUUUCGCUGCAGGUGUCUGGGCUCUUCUUUCUCUCCAUUCCUAUCGGUGAUAUGCGAUCAGUUGUGAUUCCCUGUAUGAAGUUUACGAUCCGCCCCUCCCCAUCUGUCUCACGUACCGUUUCUAUAACUCUUGUCAAUCUUUUAUUUUGAUCUCGUGUUUUUCUCUCUCAACUUUCCCGUUUUUUGUCACAAAGUAAAGCGUAU